CAUAUCCCAUCUCCGAUCUACAAGAAUCAGGGACAGCUCGAUGGUAUCGAGGCCCCGCUGGAACUUUUUCGAGUGGAUCGCUUCCGCUUGGACCUGAUCUCGUCUGCUUAUCCUUUACAUGGUCAUCAUGGAUCAGGACUCGCCGAGCACGGUGCCACAUAGCGCUCGAGACCUCUGGCCGAAGAUAACACAGGCGGUCAUGUCGGAUGGGGACAAGGACCAUGCUGUAGAAUUCUGCAACUUGAUCGAUCAAACUCUUGAGGAGCUGACCCGGAUACACGAGAUGGUUGAACGAAAAACAAAGGAAGAAUCUUUGAAUGGAGAACAUCCUGACAUGAAAAACGGUGUCAAAAAGAAAGCUCGGAUGAAAUUCACACCGAAGCGUCCGCAAGAUGCUCCAAGGCAGUGAAUCCCACGUAUUCAGGCAAUGGAUAUCCAGGGAGGAUCUACGCUAGGUCUUGGUUUCAACUCCAUCUCAGGCGAGCAGUCACCUGCUUUGGUUAGGGAGUUCAGGAACCACGCGACAGGGUCGGAUCAUAAUUCGACAAGGGAGAUUCGUCCGACUAGAUAUCCGACAUCUUCUUCAAUGAAUUCCCUCAAAGUUCCCGACCCUCGCAGUUGUGAUUGGAGAUCCCAAAUCUACGGCUGGGCCGAGAUGACUGAGUUCGGGUUUUCAUCCCUGCCGAAGAAGUUCAUGCGCUUGCAACGAAUGUAAAUGUGACUGUACAUGUGAAUAGCCAAAGUCCGCCUUUACCCCACAAGACUGCAUAAGCGGAUAGAUGAAUGUUGAAUGCGAUCAUUCGAGGAAGUACCACGAUCCUGUGGGUCGUGAAUUCUAGUGUGAAGACUUUUUGAAUACGAAGAAUAAAAUGUGGACGCAUUCUUC